GUGUGUGUGUGUGUAGAGUGUGUGGGAGGAGGAGGAACGCGAGGAAGGAGCGGCUGGUAUGAUGAAGAACGGGUUGUCCUGACUCAGUUUCGAUUCCCACAUCCGUCCUCCCGACUCCCGACGCCUGGCACCGGACCAACGGGACCGACGGAAGCCGGGAUGGACUUCGUGCUGAGCGGGUCGGCGGCGUGCGGUGCGUGUCUGUUCACCAACCCGCUGGAGGUGGUGAAGACUCGGAUGCAGCUGCAGGGCGAGCUCCGGAGCCGGGGCACGUACCAGGUCCACUACCGCAACGUGUUCCACGCCUUCUACACCAUCGCGAAGGUCGACGGGCUGGCCGGCCUGCAGAAGGGUCUGGUGCCCGGGCUCGUCUACCAGUUCUGCAUGAACGGAGUCCGACUCGGCUCCUACGCCGUCAUCGAGUCGUCCGGCUACAUCCACACCAACGGGAGGGUCAGCGGGGUCAAGACCACGUUGGCAGGAGCCUCGGCCGGAGUGGUGGGAGCUGUGAUCGGCAGCCCCGUGUACCUGGUCAAGACCCAUCUGCAGAGUCAGUCCACGUCCUCCAUCGCUGUGGGUCAUCAAUACAAACACCAGGGGAUGAUCCAUGCUCUGGCAGCCAUCUACAGGCAGCACGGCAUUCUGGGUCUGUGGAGGGGCUCCAGUGCUGCCAUACCCAGGGUCACCGUGGGGUCGUCCGCCCAGCUCUCCACCUUCUCCUCCGCCAAGGAGCUGGUCGUUGACCUUCAGAUUUUCCCAAAGGACAGCUGGUUGGUGGCCCUGAGCGCCGGUAUGAUCAGCAGUGUGGUGGUGGUGAUGGCUAUGACGCCGUUUGACGUGGUCAGCACACGGCUCUACAACCAGCCGGUGAACCCUGCGGGCAAGGGGCUGAUUUAUGAGGGAUUCGCCGACUGCUUUUCCAAAACGCUGAAGAAGGAGGGCCUGACUGGACUCUACAAAGGCCUGGGAGCCUCUUACUUCCGGCUCGGACCACACACUAUUCUGUCCUUGUUCUUCUGGGAAGAACUGCGCAAAAUGUACCGGAAGGACAGAUAACACCAGGAGGACGAGGAGACUGGGGGGAAGCGGUAACUCAUUAAGCUCAGAGUGCAAAGGUAUAAUGAGUUUUACUAUUAUGAGGUUAAAAACCAAGAGAUGCUCUGCUUCGUUGACGGGAACGAGAAAACGGAGCAAAGGUAACGUUUUACACUCCAUUCAGAAACCAAAUAGGUACAGACAAAUAGCUCCAGAGAGGAAGGGCAAACUGCAGUGAAUUGCAGUGAACAGUUCUGUCUUAAAUAGAAUAUGAUGAGAACAUGCACAGAGACCAACAUACCUCAUAUACAGAUGUAAUUCCAAUAGAUAUCUCACAGUGUGCAGUGGGUUCGACAGUGUGAGAACAUGAAUGGACUCGCAGUGUAAGUGGUAGAGCAAGAAACUUGAAAGACAUGGUUGUUCCCUUUGUGCAGGUGAAGGCUGCCUCAUGCUUUACGAACCUAGUUAUUAGUCUAAACCAGUGUAGAAGCCUCUUUGCUUUCAAGCCAGCUAAAGAGUGCUCAAGAGCUCCUGCUGAUCAUUGAUCCUAAAGUUUGAAAAGAUACCAAACACGUGACGCUGAAUUUAGAGGAGAUGUGUAUGAUAUGAAGUAUUGAGUUUGGAUGUUUCAAUCUGUGUCAAUGUACGGUGGCCGAGGAGGGCAAACGCGCUGCAACAGGCCAAAAUGUUUUCCUAAGGAGAAAAAUGCCACAAAUUCAUAAGUAAGGCAAUUUUUUUUUAAAACAUCGAUCAACUGAAUCAUGCUGGAAAUAAAAAACUGUCCUGCAGGAAGCAGAAACUAAUAUUAACUGUAAACACGAUGUCAAAACAGAAACUAUGCAAAACCCAAAAUACACAAACUCUAAAACACAAAUUUUACAGAAAACACUCAGCUUAUAACCAGUCAAGCCGCAUCAACUUACACACUCAUGGAUAUCAGUUUCCUAAAUACAAAAAAAAAUAAAAUUCCUGAAUCAUGUCUUUAAAUCAAGCCGCUCUAGAAGUUAAUGGGUUCUUCCCAGGCCCACAUCCCACCCUUCCACCACGUUCCGCUGUUUUUGCGUUAUCCUGCAAACAAGUUGGACAAACAGCAAUGAAAACCUAACCUCAUUUGCAGAGGUAAAGAUUCUGCAAGCCUCUAGGGGGAUCACUAAGUGGAGCAGCUUUAACAGCACUAGUCAUAAAAAGAUAAAAGUCCAAAUGUAAACAAUGUCUUUGAAUGUGGCAUCUUCACUUCAUAUUUCUUUACAUUUUUCAUCACUAGUGAUUUAAAUAGUGUGCUGAGUCUUUGAACAUGGCAGCACUGUGGCAAGAUAAACACACACACUCCAGCUGACUUUCCACAACAGAAGAGGAGGCUCAUGUUACUACUGUCUAUUUUGUAUGAUUAAGUCGGAGCUUUGGUUUUAUAUGAAGAUUUUCAUACAGCAGGGGAAGACAUUUUAUACCUUUUUAAAGCAACUUGUUCUAAAUUAGACAAGUAACAUAAAUUUGACUCUAUAACAAUCCCUAGACAGGGACAGUUGUCCUUUUAAACAGCUCAAAACAGUUCUGACUAGAAACGUAUGCUGUCAAACAAACUUUGUGCCAAAACUUGUGCCAUUUAUUUUGUUCACAUAUAAAAAUGGCUCAUGGGGCCGUAACGAUUUUAUUUGAAAAGUAUUACAUUUUUCUGCCUGAUUAACACAGUGUGCUGUCCACUAACUCUGGUUACAACUACAGACUACACAGUGAAGGGUUACUGGUUGGUUUAUAUCAUGUAGGAUCCUGAGGACUUUUAUUUGUAAGUUAAAGGACUGAAGAAAAUUGCUGGAUUCUGUUACAGUUUUCAGGUUUCUUAAAAGGUCAGAAAAGGUCUCGUCAGUUGUGCAGUGAGUUGAUCAGGGUCUGUGAUUGUUACAUGCGGCAGCUCGGAAAUGUUCCAUUAAUGUAUGAUAACAUGGACUUCCUGUUACCGAACCGACAUGAAGAGCAAAUAA